AUGGUGAAAGAACAACACUUUCCAGCUGUGCAAGCUGGCGCCUCUCUAAUAAUAGCAUAUCAGAUCAAGCAUAAGGCAGUACUUGUGGUUGGAGGCGGCGAGGUUGCCGCCGGACGGAUACUUAACCUCUUGAACGCUGACGCUAAUGUUACCGUCAUCUCACCCAGAGAAGGCCUCAAUCCUGAAGUUGCCUACCGAGUUGAACAAAAACAAGUCACCUAUCACGACCGUAAAUUUGAACCAUCAGACCUUGAUAACGUCGACAUCGUGUUGACCGCCAUUGACGAUCCGGAAGCAUCUACGCAGAUCUGGAAAAUGUGUAAAGAGCGAAGGAUAGUUGCCAACAUUGCUGAUGUCCCCAAAGAAUGUGAUUUCUACUUUGGCUCCGUGCACCGUGAUGGUCCUUUGCAGAUAAUGAUCAGCACCAAUGGAUAUGGACCGAAAAUGGCGAGUAUGAUCAGGCAGUAUAUAGCUAGUAUGCUGCCUGCGUACACCGGGGACGCGAUUAAGAAGAUUGGAAUGCUCAGAGGUAAAUUGAGGGAGGUGGCGCCGAAGCCCGAAGAGGGGCCCAAGAGAAUGCAGUGGAUCAGCAAAUUAUGCGAGCAAUGUUCACUUGAGGACCUUGUGAGAAAAACGAGAGGGCUGAAUGAAUUUGACGUCGACCGAUUGCUGGCCUCUUACAGCUCAGGGGAAAUUCCCUCACUAGAUGACGAUGAUGUUGAAUCUCUUCCUUUCGAUGGCAGUUUUGGAUGGUCAAUAUGA